AUGAUUCGGUCACAGCUAAGGCAGUUUGCCCGGCAGGGAGACCGUGCCUGGGCAGGCAUCAGUAUGCCUAUCCGUCACUUCUCUGCCUCUUCUGUGGCUGCUGCGGAGGGUCAAAACCCGCCAUCAGCGCAAGGCCAACCCAAACAGAGACCGGCAACCACAGGCCCCCCUCGCAAGCCUCGACCUUCCAACAGACCCCCCGGAGCCGGACCCGGAGCCCAGACCAAGCCCCGUCCAGCUCGGGCAAUUGAUGCCCGGUCAUUUGCAGCCCCUCGUGCUGGUGGUGAACCCCCCAAGAUCAUCCGCAAGCCCAGGCUGCGUACGAUGCCACCCGGCAAGCAGGUACCGGGUCGUAAGGGCAAGCUCGCCACGAAGGCUGGCCAGAAACCCAAGCGGCAAAACAAAAUGCGCCGUUCAGAUCAGGUCAUUGAUGACGACGAGACCACCGCUGCUGCUAUCAAGCAACUCGAGCUGGACCAAGAGUCCAAGGGCCGUCCGGUGCCUAUUCGCUACGAACCCCAGGCGAUCGAUUUCUCUACACUGAAGGAUACUUGGCCCUCCUUGCCGACGGACUCGAAUGCUCGGUCUGCUGCCGUCAUCGAGAAGCUUUCUACCCUGAGCGGCCGCUUCCCCAGUGGCUACGUCCCUCCCCAUGAGCUGGGUAGACGUCUCUGGAAGGGCCAGAGCGUUCUGUUCGAGAGCGAGGCUGAGAAGGCCCAGGCUCUUGAGGAACUCAAGCGCUUGUCCCAAGAACGAGCAGACAAGAUCUCCCAGAAGAAGGGCGAGAUUGUCGAGCCCCGUGAUAUCAAAUUCAACGCCAUCAGCGCGGAACACACACAAAAACUGAUGGAGACCUUUGUGCAAGGAAAAUAUCCCGCCCUGGAAGUUGGCAAGGACCAGCCGGCUAUCAUGGGCGAUGUGCUGAGGAAUAUCCGCAAUAACGCAACCUAUCAAACAGCUGGCAAGCGGCCCCAGUUCCUCGCCAAGGUCGAGUCUCUGUUGGCCUCGAGUCGCGUCAAGCGCUCCUAG